AUGGUAUUGGGGUAUUGGUAUUGGUAUUGGUGGUAUUGGUAUUGGGUAGUAUUGGUAUUGGGUGGUAUUGGGUAUUGGGUGGUAUUGGUAUCGGUAUUGGUAUUGGUAUUGGUAUUGGGUGGUAUUGGUAUUGGUAUUGGUAUUGGUAUUGGUAUUGGGUGGUAUUGGUAUUGGUAUUG